ACUCCCACGAGUGUUUGCCAUCAGUGCAAGAUACAGCCUCUUGCCGCCGGGUCGCCGCACGACGACCAAAAACCGGCGGCGAAACCAGUGUCCACUGGUAUGGAACGUGACCCGUGAUGAGUCCAGCGCGAAGACUCCGCGAAGUUUGCACUUCGCCCACUCGGCAGGUGGUUUGCUUAUCUGCUGCGUCCGCCCUGUCUGGGCACCGAUACGGCUGACCGCAUAAAAAAAGCCCUCACUCAACGGCGGCCACCGACCAGUGCGUUCCCUGCUGCCGUCCAGCCUUUGCAGCGCAUAGAGUUGCAGUGAAAUUCGUUCGCAGCCAGCGAGUUUGCGGUGUUCCUCUGGCAACCGUGGGGACCGAAUUUUUCAACGAGUUGACGUGCACCAUGGCUGAUACUGCCCGCUUGCUGUUUCCGGUGGCCCUCGAAGACGGAGAGAGCCCUGAGUUUGACGCCGUGGUGAUUGUCGGCACUGGCAUAGACGAGCACCACCUUCAGGGCCUGGCUGCCAAGUAUCUUGAUCCUCUUUCUUCGUACAGAGUGUGUGAUGCAAAGGCAGAAGAAGAGGCUUUUGUGCUCUGUCUGCCAGAACAGUACCCCAUAAGACGCCUGGUGUACUCGCCAACCGGGCCUUUGAACAGAGACCAGGACGACGUUCGUGCCUUUGCUGAUGCGGCAUGCAAGGGCGUCAAGAGGGCCCUCUCUGCCGGAAGCAAGAAACCUCUGGUAUUUCUGCCGACGCAACACGGCACUUUUACCAGCUUCCACUUGGUGACUGUGCUUGGAGCCCUGCACCCGCUUUACGUGCCCCUCGAGAUCAGGCAAGAUGUACCGAGCCGCCUGCAGAAGGUGGAUCGUCUCGGAUUUGCACAGUUUCCGUCCCUGCCCAACCGAGAUCGCAUGUUUGCAGCUGCUCUAGCACUGGAGAAAGGCAGGAUCGUCUGCCGUGACAUUGGAGGCUCGGACCCCGAAAGAAUGAGCCCUCCGGAGGUAGCCAGUUAUGUGCAGAAAGUAUUUGAGGGGUCCCCAGUUCAAGUUGAAGUCAUCUCGAACGAGAAGCUGCUAGAACAAGAAUACCCUCUCCUGGCCGCCGUAAACCGAGCUGCUCGAGGCAUUGCUAGACAUCAGGCAAGGAUGGUCCUCUUGACUUACACUCCGGAGGGGCCUGUCACAUCGACUGUGUUUCUUGUGGGAAAGGGCGUCACUUACGACACCGGAGGAGCCGAUGUGAAGGCGGGUGGCGUUAUGGCUGGCAUGCAUCGUGACAAGUGUGGUGCUGCUGCAGUUGCAGGCUUUUUCAAGGUCCUGAGUGAGUUGCAGCCAAAGGGAGUGAAGGUUUACGGUGCCAUGGCCAUGGUUCGGAACAGCAUUGGGCCCGAUGGCUACGUGUCGGACGAAAUUAUAACAUCACGUGCGGGAGUGCGGGUGCGUGUCGGGAACACCGAUGCCGAGGGACGAAUGGCCAUGGCUGAUGUGCUUGCCCAGUUCAAGGAAAAAGCUCUGCAUGAGACCAACCCACGCCUGUUCACCAUCGCCACUCUGACUGGCCACGCCUGUUUGGCUGUAGGCGACGGAUACUCGAUCAUAUUGGACAACGGACCGGCUCGGGAACAGGCAGUGAGUGCAAAAGUAAAGGCUGCAGGCGAUGCAACUGGCGACAUGUUUGAAGUGUCGACCAUCCGCCGUGAGGACUACACCUUUGUGGCCGGGCCUUCGGAGUACGAGGAUAUUCUUCAGUCGAACAACCUGCCUUCAUCCCGUACCCCUCGAGGUCACCAGUCUCCAGCUGCUUUCCUGAUCAGGGCAUCUGGUUUGGAUAAGCACGGCCUGGACUCGGCAAAGCCGCUGUGCUACUCUCACAUCGACAUUGCAGCCUCCUCCGGGCCUUUUCCUGGAAUACCCUCGGGGGCACCCAUUCCAUCCUUGGUGCAUGCUUUUGUGUGUGGGCACUGAGGAUUUUGAGACUAGGCAUUGUAGCUGACUCUUUCAAUCGAAAAGGCCCACCCAGCUCCCUUUUUUGGUUUUUCUCUAGCUUUGCUCUACUAGUGUGCUAUGUAUUACCCACUGGGAGAAAACUGCCAACAGUUGAGGCCUUUAUUGCCACUCUCUUUUAUUACGGUAUGCAUGACGUUGCUCGAAAAAAGUUGGAUACCCCAAAUUUCACAUUUUGCGGUUAGUGGUUUGUUAGAGGAAGAUUCCACGACAUCUGUGUGGUUUUAGCCUUUGGGACACAUUUGCACAUUUGAAGUUAACUACCAUAAAAUACCGAGCAUCCACCCAUUCCAUAAGAAGUGCCCACCCCUCAAUUUUGUAACAUUUGGAAAAUACAUAAAAGACCUAUCUUUACGUAUUGUUGACCUAAGUGCCCUUCCCCCAGUUUUACACGAUUAUCUCCAAAUUUAGAGUGGACGCUUGCUUGGGAUUUUACAGUAGGUUUCGUGGGAGAGUGACGUGGGUGCACUACCCUGCGAGGAUAUUUAACUCGACAAAAGUCGUUCAAAGGCUUAGUUUAACUCCAAGCGUAUUUUGUGCCCUUCUGUUUGAGUGGGCUUCACAGGUUGCAAGAAUGAGGGAUUUCUCAAUCUUUGAAUAUGAUGCUAGCAUAGUCUGAAACAAUACUUUUUAAUUUUACUCACCCUAAAAUACCGGGUAAGCCCCCCAUUUAGAAUUUGAAGAUAAUUGCGAAAAAAUGGGGGAUGGGUCAUCAAUUUUACAUAUAAAUGUACUGUGCAUAAUUUCUCAGAUCUUACAAGUUUAGGAAUGGGUGCUUAGUGUGGAAUGGGCGGAUGCGCGGUAUUCUACAGUAGCUUUUUUGUGUGUUUUGCUAUUGGUGGUUUGCAUCACCUUUGAUAUUUUUUCCCGUCACUUUUGAUGGGUUAUUUUUAAGUGUGUUUUUUACAUAAGACGUUGCCUCGAAUGAAGGCUAAUGGUCUAACAUGAUUCCAUGCAAUGUCAAAGACGUACUGCAAACCUGUUAGCAUUGUGCCUUUUGUGUGUAAAAAAUUUAUACCUAGAAAAAUAUUACAAGUUUUAUGUGUGUGGGAAAAGUUAUUAUUCGAUGGAGGAAUUGGGGUGAUGGUUUGGGUCUCGUCGCCUUAGUUGUUUUGUGACAAAGUCCCAAUAUGUUUUUUUAUUUUGCUUUUGGGAAGAACAAUGUCUUCUCCCAUGCAGCAAAGUAAGCCAACUCUUGUUUUUUGAUAUUUCGACCCCUAUUCCUGUUGUGUUACUUCAAGGCUUUGUAAGUUCAUUUGGUUUGUUUCUAGCGGAAUGGCUUGCAUGGAACCAAAUUUGUUCCCAUUACUUCAAAAAAGUAAUGGUAUACAGUUAUGAAUUACUCAAUCUUAAAUGUAGUGGAUCACAAUUUCUGAAUACUUUUGCACAAAAGUAAUUGAUUUGUGUAAUUGCUACAUUACUCAUUGCUUUGAUUCUUAUGAGAUAAUAACUGUAUUGAAAUAUACAUAAAAAUACAAAUUUGGAUAUCGGUUGAUUUCAAUCAUUUUGUGCCUUUUUAAUUAUUCUGAUAGUACAAACUUUCUUCCAGUCAUGGUCAAACAAGUGUUUUUUUACAUAAAAAAAUGGGUGCUAGGUAAACAUGCAGUAAAUUGUGCAGUGCAGGGGCACACAGAAACGGGGGGUUUCUCAGGAAUUAAGAUUGGGGGUGUCUCCGGGGGCAAAGGGGGGGGGGGGGGGGGGGGGGGCAGGCAGGCUAGGGUAGGCAAGCUCAGGGAGGCAAUUUUUGUUCUCUAUUUAGUUCUUUCUUUUUCCACUGUAUUUUUCUAUGUGUGGACAAAGAUACAUGCGUGGUGGCCCGACAGGUUCUGGAACUCUACAUUCAACGCGACAGUUUAAGCAUUUAAUGAAGAAUACAUAAUUUUCUUAAGAAACCACAAAGUAAAGCAAAAAUCACCGUCAGAAAAUAUCAGUCAUGGUAUUAAUACUGGGAUACCGCAAUGGUUGUCAAUAAUGAAUGUAUAUUCAAUGGGCAAACCUCACCUCUGUUCUCCUUCACGCCAAUAAGGGGAGGAACCAGAGUUAAGCAGCGUGGAGGUGAGGCGACGAAACGGCUCGUGUUCUGAUGCCACUGUGAGGUUAGCUCCAUAUAGAAACCACUCUUGAGUCAGCGCGCUAAAAAAAACAAUGAUUUUGCUCAAAAUAUUUUUUUUUUCCUUGGCGGAAAAUUUUUUUAGAGGGUGCCCUCAGAAACCCCCCCCCCCCCCCCCCCCCCCCCCCCUUUCAGUGGGUGGGUAGGGAAAUCACUGCACACAAACAUAGCACAGCCUAACAGAAUUGAACUAUGGUUCCUUUACUGCGUUACAAGCCAUCAAAGUUCUCUUGGACGUAAAGGAACUGUCUAAGGUGCCCAGAGGAUGCUGAAAAGAAAUCCUGCCGUACAAAAAAUGGAUUGGAGACUGUGUGGCUGCCCUGACUUCCCCAUGUUGCUCUGUGAGACCAUCUUGUCUUCAUGGGCAUGGAGCUCCUUUUUCGUGAUUCUUGAGGUGCAUUGGGCUGUCUUCCCUGCAUUGCUGAAUUGGCUGCUUGUCAUCAAACCUUAUUGUUGUAUUUUGUUUUUAUCUUUUGCCAAAAAAGCAAUGAAAGCAAUCCAUUAUGUUGAUUACACAAUUUUUAUAUUUACCAAAUACAUUCUGUGGAGAAAAUGUAAUGCAUCAAUUACAAAAUUACUUUAGAUAGUAAUGGAGUGCCAGUAAUGCAUUGCAUGUAAUCCACUAACGUGAUGGAUCAUUUUUAUCUUAUUGUAAUGUAAUGUUUUUUCCAGCUCCAGGCCUGUUUUAUUGAUUGGGAUUAUUGAUACUCGGUAAUGUUUUCUGGAAUAAUAAAGGAAGUGGUGUGAAA